GUAUGCCGGAAACUGCCGAAGAAGAAAGAAACCAGAAGUGAGCUCAUGUUGUAAACAAAACACAUGUGAAGAGUUGUUCUGUUGUCAAAAAGAGCCGGUGUUUACAUUUUGAAUUGAUACGGUAUUCUUCGGGAAGUCCGCAAAAACGUCGGAAUGGAAGAAGCUCUUGUUCGAGCCACCAUUCCUCAGGAUCUGGUGAAGGUUCUUGGUGUGGAGUCUCGACCCAACCCAAAAGCCUUCACUGAUGCAUUCCUGAAGAACAGCCUUCCGCAAACCACACGCUGCGAUGUAAAAAACCUGCUCACUCACAAGGCUGUGAUCCUGGGCUACACCAGGCCCAAGAAAGACAAGAGGAAGAGCAAGAAACCCAAAGGACUGAACGCUCGGCAGAAGAGGGCGAUGAAGGUCUUCCAGAUCAAACCUGAGCACCAGAGAUACGAGCUCUUCGUGCCUCUGCAUGACCUCUGGAGGCAGUACAUCAUAGACCUGUGCAGCGGGCUGAAACCAACAAGUAAUCCACAGUUUGUGCAGCAGAAGCUUCUGAAGGCUGACUUCCACGGUGCCGUCAUCACAGUGGUGCGGUCUAAAUGCCCGUCGUAUGUAGGGGCUACUGGGAUAAUCGUCCAAGAGUUCAAACACGUCUUCAAGAUCAUCACCAGAGAGGACAAAAUGAAAGUGAUCCCGAAGAGGAACAGCGUGUUCUCAGUGGAGAUCAACGGCUUUGUGUCCCACAUCUAUGGGAGCAAGUUUGAGCAGCGAGCCAGCGAGCGUUCUGCCAAGAAGUUUAAAGUGAGAGGAACCAUCGACCUGUGAGGAUUCAGUGAACAACAGAGACAUGACACAGUGCCUGACACUGCUUUCUGGAGGCAGCCAGUAGGAACUGCAGCAACAUUCGCAGGUGCUUUGUGGUCAUUUGCUGCAUAUUGGACCUUGUUAUUUUAUAUUUCAACAGGUUUCUACAGAUUCUGCUCUGGUUUCAGUUUAGAUACACAUGGCGGGGACUCAACAGCCAGUAAGUCAGUUAGAUAAUGUUUUUCUGUGUGGGAGAAAAUAACCCUGAUGAUGUCAUCACUCAAUGAUUAGUAAGGUGUCCCAAUUAAGUUCUUUUGGCCGUUUUCCCACUCCAAGACCAUUUAAUGUUGGGUAUCUCUUGAUUCAAUAUUUAACGUUAAUUAAAUACAUAUCUGACCCUGUAAAAAUAUAGCUGUAGAUAACUUAAUUUCAAACCUAUUGUAUACACGCUACUUGAACCAAAUACUGAAGCACACAUACUGAUUGCCUGAUAUUGUUUACAUAUAAUUUUGUUCAUGCUUUUCUGGGGCUGCCUCACGUUGACAUAAAUGAAACACGUCAGAAGUUUUUGUUUUUUUCUUUGAAGCAUUUUAAUAUUCCUGAAAGAGAAGUAUGACUCAGCCCAGUUACUUGUGUAGUGUUGGGCUCAUUAGACUGUCAAACAAUAAACCAUGGUAUUUAUUUUGAAAGCUUUGUUUAUAGUGCAUGAGGAAAUAAAAUGUGUAUUUUCUUAAUGGAAGUCAUUGAAGAGCAUGUUUGCUUUAUGCCAGCAGUGUUCAGUUUGUUAAGCUCAUUUUGUUUUGAUCAUGACAUUUAUUUUGUAAUGCUAAGCUUAAGUGAAGCAAAGGUCCAUCUGCAACCCUUUUUGUAACGGAUCAAGUGAAGUUCUGUGGACUGUAAGCUGUAUGGAACUGAAUUACAAUACAAUUAUGA